GGAGGGCCUGGGGCGGGAGUGGGCUGGCAUCCGCAGCGGCCCGAGCCUUCCGCGCCCCUCAGCGCGGGCCUUUCACCGCCGCUCGCCUGUCCUUGGUCUCCGGUUCCUUCCGAACGCGCCGUGCCCUGGACCAUCCUAACCUCUCGCUCUUGACAGCUCUGGCUAACUCCUGUUCAUCCUUCAAACCCCAUCUCUGGUCGUACCUUGUUUGUUGCCUUCCUUAGUCUGUGGCCCCCGGCGUAGGACCCGUGUUUUGUGUUUAAUCUCUGCCCGCACCAGACCCAAUGUAAAACUUGGCACAGAGUAGUUUCCUCUAGAAGGAUAGCAAGAAACUGCGUCUUCAAUGGCUUCGUUGGUGGCUUAUGAUGACUCAGACUCAGAGGCUGAGGUGGAACCUGUGGGAAGUUUUAAUGCAGCCACCCAGAUGAAAGACACUUCGGAUGUGGUCAGACCUCGUGGGCAGGAUUUCGCGUCGGGAGUCCUGGACGUGAUGGAAGGAGGGACACUGCCCACAAAGCAAGCUGCUUGUGAAGACCCAGCCGGCCAGCGUCUCCCACUGGUUCGGCUCUGGAGAAGUGACCCACGAUCUUGCCCCAGCCAGAGACUACAGUGGCCCAGGACGGAGCCUGAAGUCACCUUCCACUCAAGUGAGCCUCCUCGCCCUUCCCUGUGGACCAGCCACACCCCAGCUGGCCAUGUGCCCCUGGCCGCCGCCCACUUUAAACAGGUCAAACUCUCCUGGGGAACUUAUGACUCCCUUGAGCCACCUUUCUGUGCCCAAACCAAACCUGAACCCCCAGGUCAAAAUGGCAGCUAUCUUCAGAGGAAAAGGCGCGAGGACUGUGUUGUACCCUAUACCCCAAAAAGGCUAAGACAGGGGCAGGCACUAAGCACAGAAACAGGUGGGAGUAAGGACACGGAGGCACAGGGUCCCCCUGUAGGGCGAGCCGCGGUCCCUCUCCGUGUGGCCCCCGGAGUGUCUGAGUUUAUUCGGCCAUAUUUGGACACUGAAUAUAAAGAAACCGAGAUUUCUAGGAAGGUGCUCUUUUACUUGCGAGGUCACAGGGGCCCCGUCAACUGCAUUCAGUGGUGUCCAGUCCCUUCGAAGAGUCACAUGCUCCUCUCAGCCUCUAUGGAUAAAACCUUCAAGGUGUGGGACGCUGUGGACUUGGGGAGCUGCCUGCAGACCUACACCCUGCACAGCGAGGCGGUGCGGGCCGCCCGGUGGUCUCCCUGCGGCCAGCGUGUCCUCAGCGGCGGCUUUGACUGUGCCCUGCACCUGACCGACCUGGAAACAGGGACCCAGCUCUUCAGUGGUCAAAGCAACUUUAGAGUCACGACGUUGAAAUUUCACCCGAAAGACCCGAGCCUUUUUGUGUGCGGCGGCUUCAGCUCGGAAAUCAAAGCCUGGGAUGUGAGGUCCGGCAAGGCGGUGAGAAGCUACAAGGCGACCGUGCAGCAGACCCUGGACGUCCUCUUCCUCCAGGAAGGCUCCGAGUUUCUGAGCAGCACAGAUGCCUCGAGCCGGGACUCCGCCGAUCGCACCAUAAUCGCCUGGGAUUUCCGCAGUGCCGCCAAGAUCUCCAACCAGAUUUUCCACGAGAGGUACACCUGCCCCAGCCUCGCCUUGCACCCGCGGGAGCCUGUGUUCCUGGCGCAGACCAAUGGCAAUUACCUGGCCCUGUUCUCCGCCGUGUGGCCCUACCGGAUGAGCAGAAGACGGCGCUACGAAGGGCACAAGGUGGAAGGCUACUCCGUGGGCUGUGAGUGCUCCCCGGACGGCGACCUUCUGGUGACGGGCAGCGCGGACGGCCGGGUCCUGCUCUACUGCUUCCGCACCGCCAGCCGAGCGCGGACGCUGCCCGGGCACGCGCAGGCCUGCGUGGGCACCGCCUUCCACCCCGUGCUGCCCUCCGUCCUCGCCUCCUGCUCCUGGGAGGGCGACGUGAAGAUCUGGCACUGAGCGCCCCAGCGCGGGCCCUUCUGGACGCCGGCCGGGCCCCGGGCUCCCCUUCUUCUUCGGGGUGGGUGGGAGUGAAUGCUGAGGUUGGCUUUGGGGUCAGACCUGGGUGGAAGCUGCCUCCACCACCCUGUGAGCCCCAGUUUCCUCAUCCGUAAAAUGGGGACAGGAACCCUUCUGUCUCAGGGUUGCAAGGUCUGCGUUGGUGAGAGGACCAGGCGGGCUGCCGGGGACCGAUGCGCAAUAAACGUGACUGUGCUGCUUUCUCA